AUGCAACAUAGAUUAAGCUUAAAAGAAAACGGCAAGCAACCUACAAUUCAACAUCCUGAUCAUAUCAUCGAUGUAGGCAAGGCAGUAGAGUAUCUGUACAAUCAUCCUACCGAGCAAUACGAUCCCAAGCAGAUUUAUUUGGUGGGUCAUUCAGCAGGCGCUCAUAUCGCCAUGAUGUUGCUGUUGGAUACCAAACUACCCUAUCAUCAGUACAUUGCUGGUAUCAUUGGUGUCUCUGGCAUUUAUGAUAUACCGCUCUUGGUCAAGACCUUCCCUUCCUAUCUCGACUUUAUUGAGCAAGCAUUUGGUUCAGAUCAAACCACAUUUUAUGAAGCAUCGCCUAUCAGCAAAUCAUCAGAUGCACUCAACAAGCAGAAACCCAUCAUCAUUGCUCAUAGUCCUGAAGAUUCAUUGAUUGAUAACGAUCAAGCUCAUGUGAUGGAUCAGCAUUUGAAGACGUUGCAGCAUGAAAAUACAGCACUCGAUAUGACGUUGACGGGAGAUCAUUACGAUAUCAUGAAGACUGAGAAAUUGGAACGACUUGUUAAGCGUUUGCUUGAAUAA